AAGUCAUAUAUGUUUAAAGAUGAUGAAGAAUAUGACAAGUUAGAAUAAACUCUUAUAAAAUAUGAGUAAGAAAUUCGCAACCACAUUAGCGUAAUGAUUUUAAAAAAUAGUUUAGGUUGAGUAACAAUUAAAAUUAUAUGCAGAAUCUAUAUAAAGCAAAUUGGAUGAGAGUGAACAAAUUAGAUAAGAAUUAUUGGAAACAACUAAAAAUAAUAUAAGUGUAAAUGCAUUUUAUCUGAUUAUGAUAGAAAUUGAAAAGAGAAAAUUAAGAAUUGAAUGAAAAAGAGUAAUAAUUAUAAUAGGAAGUAAAUAAUUUAAAGUAAACAAUAUCCAAUUUAGAAAAAGAAAACAAAAGAAAAUCAAUAGACUCUAAUUAACGAGACUAUUUAUAAGCUUUAAUUAAUAAACAAUCUAAUUAAUCAUCAAAUUAAUAAAAAAAUGGACCUAAUUAAAAGUUUAAUCUAGAUUAAAGGUAAAUAAAUUCUCAUUCUGAACAUAAAUCAAAUCCAAAAUAAUUUAUAAAAGAAUAAUAAGAACUUAUUUUACCUACAUAAUCAUCCCAAAAAUUAAAUUAUUAUAGUAUUAUCACUAAUGUAAAUAAUAAAUAAAAAUCUGAAGUGAUUAAAUCUAUGCAACAAAAAGAUUUUAAUAAUAUUUACAGUUAAAUAAUGAGAACUAAACAUAAUUCAUUAUCAUCUAUUAAUGAUCUGAUUCAGAAUGCAUCAUAAUAGGAUAAAAAAAGAUUGGAUUAAUUUUAAUCAAUAUCAAAGAAUAGUUCAUAAAAUAAUAGUAUGAUUUAAAAGAAUAGAGGUAUAUAAUUCUUUUAUAAUUAAAAGAAUCUAAAUAAAUAGAACCAUUAGAAUUAUAAUAAAGAAGUAAGAGUUCUAAACGAGCAGAAGAUAUCAUAAAAUAUUAAACUUUAGAAUCAUUAAUAAAAUUAAAGUGA